UCCGAUAACACACAGGAGAAAAAAAACAACAAGGCUGCAGCCUGAGACCUUCUCCACUCAGUUUUCUCCACACAGGGGAUUAUCAAUUCUCACCAAUCCUGUCUGCCUGCGUUUUUCUGAUCAACCGCGUCCAUGUGGCGAUAACAUGGUUGAUGGUUCCCUUUUUACGCACAACUAUUUUUGAAUCUACCUGUGACCAAUCAGCUCCCUGGAUAUUCAGCCACGGGCCGUUGUUGAACAGUGAAACAGGCUGCGAUGCUCUCAACGAAGGAGAAGGAGCUGAUUGCACAAAUAUGGGAACGACUGACUCCUGUGGCAGAAGACAUUGGCUCAGACGCGCUUCUUAGGAUGUUCGCUUCUUACCCCGGCACCAAGACGUACUUCUCCCACCUGGACAUCAGCGCCCGCUCCGCUCACCUGCUCUCCCACGGGAAGAAGAUCGUCCUGGCCAUCGCGGAGGGAGCCAGAGACAUCAGCCAGCUGACCGUCACUCUGGCUCCUCUGCAAACGCUGCACGCCUACCAGCUCCGGAUAGACCCGACUAACUUCAAGCUCUUCUCACACUGUAUGCUCGUCACCCUGGCGUGCCACAUGGGCGACGACUUCACGCCUGUCGCACACGCGGCGAUUGACAAGUACCUGUCAGCGUUCGCAGCCGUGCUCGCCGAGAAAUACAGAUGAGACCCAGCCACGUGUGUCUAAGAUGCAAAUGAGACAUGUAUGUAAGUUUGGUUUUUGUUAUGUAAUGUUCUGCAAUAAUAAAAUGUGCACUUAAUAUGCAAAAUGUUAUGUUGUAUUACAAUAGAAAGUCUUAAUUAUGUGUUGAAAUGAUUUCCUCAUGGAGGCACAGAUGUGAGAUGAAGAGUGUGUCAUUUGUGCAGCUUGUGGCAGAGUCUCAGGUGCUCCAUGCUUAUUUAAUUGUGUUUCUACAUGUAAAAAUAUGUGUUCAGUGUGUGACGGACAUACAUGACUGUAUUCAGUGAUACGUGUGGUGGACAAAUUAAUUUAACCCUCAUGAUUCCUUACUUUUCUAAUCUAUGGAUGAACCUUAUACUCAGGCAUAUUGAUUGAUCCUAGUGGUUGGUUCAACUUCCCCUUUCCUUUCACUUCAGAGAGACUCUGACGGACGACGAGGUGAUUAUAUAAAUUCACAAUCUCUUACUCCAAAGCCCCAAAUCCUAUUUUCUUCUUCCGUAUCUAAAACAAAUGAAGAACUCACAGUUGAAUGACACAGUGGUGAACAGGGAGCUGCUGAAGCAGAAUCUACGGACUGUCUUUGCUGUUGAAAUAAAAAUGGUAUGAAUUCUUCAGAACAUAAUCCUAUCAAAUAUUUGAAAACACCAUACUUUAGAAAAGUUUUUGUUACUGAGUGGACUUUGUGGUGAAGUGUUUUUAUAAUCUCCUCUGUCAGAGGUCAAGAAUGACUUUUCAACCUUAAGCCUUUAUUUGCCCUUAAAGUGUAAAAAAUUACUAUUUAACAAGAUUCCAUUAGCUUCAAACAGCUUUUAUGACUUUAAACACUCGGUGUCACACUCACACCAUUGAAAACAGUCUAUCUUAUCUAUUUUUACCGACCAUAUACUGCUUCACACUCUGUAAUGCACAGAUAAGUCUUCCAGCAGCCAAUAAAUGCGACAAGGAGCUAAUAUCUAAUCAACUCGUUGGUCUUAUUGAUAAACUCUUCUCUUGAUGUUUAUAUCAUAUAUAACCUACAGUUAACACGCUUCAGUGAUUGAAAAAGUUGUAGUGUUGUUAGCUUGUAACUGGGUCACUCUCUUCCUGCGACACGAUAAUAAAGAAAAUGAUUGCCUCUGAAAA